UUCCUCUUUCUUCUCCUGCUUCUGACUGCACUCUCACUCUUCCAUCCUUCCUUCGAAGCAGGAGAAAAUAUCUCCCUCUCUCUCUCUCCACAAAUAACACACCUAACCUAACCCUCAAAACGCCACCGUUCCGCCAUGCCUUCCCUUGCUCUCUCAAACGGCGCCGUUCCCUCCCCUAAGGACACCAAAAAACACAAAUCCAAAAAGGAAAAGAAAGAAAACAACGUCGACGACGCUCAGGCUCAGCAGCUACACGACGCCGUUUCUGAAACCAAGAAGAAAAGCUCCAAGAAGAGGAAGAAGCUCUCCUCUGAUGAGGAUGAGGACGAUCAGAAGAGUGAGACUAGCUCUGAGCUCGUUGAGCCUCAGAAUGAUGAAGGCUUGAAAUCCAAGGAGAAGAAGAAGAGCAAGAAGGAGAAGAAUAAGAAGGCCAAGUUGGACAUGGAUGAGGAAGAGGAGGAGGAAGAAGAGGUUCUCAAAAAGGAGGAGGAUCCUAACGCCAUUACCAACUUCAGAAUCUCCGAGCCUCUUAGGGCAAAGCUCAAGGAGAAGGGAAUUGAGUCUCUCUUCCCGAUUCAGGCCAUGACCUUCGAUAUCAUCCUCGAUGGCUCUGAUUUGGUUGGUCGCGCUCGCACCGGUCAGGGUAAAACUCUGGCUUUUGUGUUGCCCAUACUAGAGUCUUUAAUCAAUGGUCCUGCCAAAGCGUUCAGAAAGACCGGUUUUGGGAGGGCUCCAAGUGUCCUUGUUCUUUUACCCACCAGGGAAUUGGCAAGUCAGGUGUAUGCUGAUUUUGAAGUUUAUGGUGGAGCAAUGGGAUUGAGUUCUUGCUGUUUAUAUGGUGGGGCUCCAUACCAGACUCAAGAGAGUAAGCUUAGGAGAGGAGUUGAUAUUGUUGUUGGCACUCCAGGUCGUGUGAAGGAUCAUAUAGAGAGGGAAAAUAUUGACCUGAGCCAGCUAAAGUUCCGUGUCCUUGAUGAGGCUGAUGAGAUGCUCCGAAUGGGUUUUGUUGAAGAUGUGGAAUUAAUUCUAGGCAAGGUACAAGAUGUUAGCAAAGUUCAGACACUUCUUUUCAGUGCUACUUUGCCAGACUGGGUUAAGCAUAUUUCUGGAAAAUUUCUGAAACCAGAUAAAAAAACUGCAGAUCUGGUGGGAAAUGCAAAAAUGAAGGCUAGCACCAAUGUUAGACAUAUUGUUCUUCCAUGUAACGUUUCUGCCAGGGCCCAGCUUAUCCCAGACAUUAUACGCUGUUAUAGCAGUGGAGGCCGAACAAUUAUAUUUACUGAGAAAAAGGAGUCUGCUUCUGAGCUUGCCGGCUUGUUGCCCGGAGCAAGAGCUCUACAUGGUGAUAUACAGCAAUCACAACGUGAGGUUACACUGGCUGGUUUUAGGUCUGGGAAAUUCAUGACUUUGGUUGCCACAAAUGUGGCAGCGAGGGGUUUAGAUAUUAAUGAUGUUCAGUUAAUUAUCCAGUGUGAGCCCCCACGUGAUGUAGAAGCCUACAUUCAUCGAUCUGGGCGCACAGGAAGAGCAGGAAAUACGGGAGUUGCUGUAAUGCUUUAUGAUCCCAGGCGAUCAAAUGUAUCUAAAAUAGAAAGGGAAUCGGGUGUGAAAUUUGAGCACAUAUCUGCCCCCCAGCCUGAUGAUAUUGCCAAAGCUGUUGGUGGAGAAGCUGCUGAAAUGAUUACCCAAGUGUCUGAUAGUGUGAUUCCUGCGUUCAAGUCUGCGGCCGAGGAGCUUUUGAACAACUCUGGUUUAUCAGCUGCUGAUCUACUUGCAAAAGCACUUGCCAAGGCUGUGGGCUUUACCGAGAUAAAGAAAAGAUCACUUUUGACUUCCAUGGAGAAUUACGUUACACUGCUUCUUGAGAUUGGAAAACCUAUGUUCACGCCGUCCUUUGUUUUCGGAAUCCUAAGGAGAUUCUUGCCCGAGGAGCAGGUUGAGGCUGUGCAGGGUUUGACUCUCACUGCAGAUGGAAAUGGUGCAGUGUUUGAUGUACCAGCCAAGGAUUUAGACAUUUAUCUUGCUGGUCAGCAGAAAGCUGGUAAUGUAAGCCUAGAGGUGUUGAAAACAUUACCACGUUUGCAAGAAAGAGAGCAAUCAAGAGGGGGCAGAUUUGGUGGCGGUCGAGGGUUUAAUGAUAGAAAUGGUGGGAACAGGUUUGGAAGAGGUGGUGGCAGGAAUGGUAGAUUCGGCCAGAACGAUAGGUUUUCGAAUGGGAGAGGUAAUUUCAACAAAGGUGGAAAGAGAUGGUAAAGGAGUUAGGGACUGGGUGUUUCCUUUGCUCUGGGUGUUUACAUGGGCAUAACUAAUACAAAAAGUUUUUGGGGAAAGACCAAACAGGAUUCAAGUUUAUGGAUUCACUCUGCCCCCAUAGCCCUUUAUCCAUAUGAUCUUUUUUCUUUUUUUUUUUUUUUUUUAUUUUUAACUUAUUGAUUUGUAAUUCACACAUUCCUAAACCUUGCCUCCUUCCCAAUUUAGUUGGCCUUGUGAACCCCAGGCUGAUUUUUCCUUAUUUUGUUUUUCAUUUAUUUCAAUUUUGAUAGCAAGUAUAAGAAAUACUUUUGUAGUGUACGAAA